CGAAGCAGAAGCAGAAGAAGAAGCAGCAGAAGAAGCAGAAGGAGAAGAAGAAGCAGGAGGAGGAGACUUCCUGUUGUUCUUGCGGACCACAGACAACAUGGACGCGUGUUAGUUUCCCUCUCUUCUCUGAACACAACUCUUGUUUACCUCCAGUCAGCGGCCAUGCCCGCCUCGGACCGCUCCAGCUCUGACGGCGGUGCGGGGCCCCAGCCCCGGGCCCGCAGGCCCCGCAGCCGCUCCCGCAGCCGCCACCGCAGCGGCAGCCGCGAGCGCAGCCUGUCCCCGUACAGCUUCGGGCCCAAACUCCCGAAGCCCCGCAACCGGGAGAAGGAGCACGAGGAGCGGGACCGCCGGUUCCGAGAGGCGAGGAACAUCAGGCGGAUCCGCAUAGGAAGCCCCCGCCGGUCCCGGUCCCGGUCCAGGGAGCACCACCACAACACCACCAACACCAGCGUCACCACCAGCAGCACCAUCAACACCAGCAGCUACAACCACUGGUCCGAGCAGCGGGACGCGGCCGGGAAGCACGGGACCUUCAAAGACGACUACUACUAUGAGCAGGAGAGAGACGACGCGCAGAGACAGAGGCAGGAGGCCUUUAUCGCCAGGCGUCUGCAAGAGAGAGAGCGGAUCGGUGAGUUAGGCUGUCCGGAAGUUUGGGGAUAUUCACCAAGAGUGAAAGAGCCAGACUCUGAUGAAUUCACACCAGUCGAAGAAGACGAGAAAAACAGCAGCUCAGAAUCAGGCUCAGAAGAUGACAAGAAGAAGAAAAAGAAGAAGAAGAAGAAAUCCAAGAAAAAAAAGAACAAAAAACACUCAGAGGACAGCGAGCUGGAAUCAGAUUCAGAUGGAGAAGAGAUAAAGAAGAAGAAAAAGAAAAAGAAGAGCAAGAAGUCAAAGAAGUCCAAGAAGAAGAAGGCCAAGAAGAGUCGGAAGGAGUCCAGCAACUCCAGCAGUCAAGAGUCAAAGGGGAAGAGGAGGAGGGGGAGGGGGGAGGAGGAGGAGGAGGAUCCCAACGGAGUGCUGUGGGUGGAGAAAACCUGCAUGGACGAAAACGUGGUCGGCCCCGAAGCUCCGCUCACACACAUGUCGCAGGACGACAGACCUUUGGAUUUCGGUCAUGCACUGUUGCCAGGUGAAGGUGCUGCGAUGGCGGAGUACGUGAAAGCGGGCAAACGUAUCCCGAGGAGAGGUGAGAUCGGUCUCACCAGCGACGAGAUCGCAGACUUCGAGAAGUCUGGCUACGUGAUGAGCGGCAGCAGACAUCGUCGUAUGGAGGCCGUGCGUCUGAGAAAGGAAAACCAGAUCUACAGUGCAGACGAGAAGCGAGCUCUGGCCUCCUUCAACCAGGAGGAGAGGAGGAAGAGAGAAAGCAAGAUCCUGUCCAGCUUCAGGGAGAUGGUGUACAGGAAAACCAAAGGCAAGGAGGAGAAGUGAACGUCACAUUUAUACAGAUCACCCUUUUAUAGGAGCGGUAUUUGUGUUUUAUUCCUUUGUGUUGGAGGACAACCACAUUCAGUUUUAGUUGAAUGUACAGUGUGGUUGGAGGAUUUUACUUUUAAAGAAAUGUGUGUAAGAUUCAAGAGGAGUAUUCUGUUGUAUUAUAUUCUCCAUCAGAUUUUAGUCUUCCCUUUCAAUUUUUCAACCGUAACUUGUUCUUGUAAAUGUUGUGCGAAUUAUCCUGAUCAGAACAGUAAAUAAAUUUUCAUUAUCAA